UCUCAUUUCACUAAGGUUUCCCUGUUUUGAAGUAACUUUUUCUAUCUUCUCCUAACCCACCUGAGCUCAGCUUUAGAUGAGAUCGUGAUUUCUCCAUUUAGAGCAGAAGAAUGUCUGAAACGACGUCGCAGAGUCAACCGCCGGCGAAGGAUUUGAUCGGCUCAUACUUCGUCGAUCUCUGGAGCCACACUUCCCAAACCCUAGCUCUGAACCCCGAGAAUGAGCCCGAAGCCGAGGAAGACGAGGCGGAGGAGUCUCCGACGGCGCUGGAUACGGUGAACAGCUCCGGCGGAUUCUCGGUGGUGGGUCCUGACAAGCUCUCGCUCUUGUACCCGAGCGUGAAUAUGCAUGGGCACGACGUCGGAGUGGUGCAGGCGAAUCGAGCCGCGCCGUCGAAGCAGCUGCUUUAUUACUUUGAGAUUUAUGUGAAGAAUGCGGGUGCGAAGGGGCAGAUUUCAAUCGGAUUUACCACGGCUGGUUUCAAGCUUCGCCGUCAACCGGGGCAGGCUCACCAAAAUAAACUCUGUAGGCAAUGCAUAUUUGCCAGGUUUAAUUGCUAUUACUGGAUUUUGAUGUCUUUUCUUUACGCUUCUAUAUCCGGCAGCUGGGAAGCAAACAGUUAUGGAUAUCAUGGUGAUGAUGGGCUGCUGUACCGUGGACAUGGAAAAGGAGAGACAUUUGGCCCGACAUACACUACUGGUGAUACAGUCGGCGGUGGAAUCAACUAUGCCACUCAAGAAUUCUUUUUCACGAAAAAUGGGGCCAUAGUAGGCUCUGUAUUUAAGGAUGUCAAGGGUCCAUUGUUUCCUACCGUUGCUGUUCACAGCCAAAAUGAGGAGGUGACUGUAAACUUUGGGAAGGAUCCAUUUGUCUUUGAUAUUAAAGCAUAUGAAGCAGAACAAAGAGCUAAACAGCAGUUAAAGAUUGAUAAUAUCUGCUUACCUCAGGAUGCUAGUUACGGAAUCGUGCGGUCUUAUUUACAGCAUUAUGGAUAUGAAGAGACACUUAAAUUACUUGACAUUGCUGCUAGUAGCACAGUGCCGCCCAUUUCUUUAACUCAAGAAAAUGGUACUAAUGAGGAAGAUAGCGCAUAUGCAUUGAACCACCGAAGGACCCUUCGUGAGCUGAUAAAGUCAGGUAACAUUGAUGAGGCAUUUUCUACACUUCGCAAGAUGUAUCCUCAAAUUGUUCAGGAUGACACAUCAGCUAUUUGCUUCUUGCUGCAGUGUCAAAAAUUUAUUGAACUUGUCCGGGAUGGAAAACUUGAAGAAGCUGUGAACUAUGGUAGAAGUGAAUUUGACAAGUUCACAAAUUUGUCAGGGUCUAUUGACCUAGUUAAGGAAUGUGCCUCCUUGCUGGCAUUCGAACAAUCAAGCAAAUCGCCCGUCGGUUACCUUUUCAGAGAGUCUCAACGGGAGCUAGUGGCAGAUGCUGUGAAUGCCAUGAUUUUAUCCACUAACCCAAAUGUAAAAGAAGUUAGUCUGUGCAAGCAUUCAUGCCUCGAGAGGCUUAUUAAACAGGUAAAUGCUUGCUCCUUGGAAAAGAGGUCCUUGAAUGGAGAUCAAGGGGAGGCUUUCCGGUUGAGCCAGAUUCUGAACAGUGGUAAGAAAGGUUGAACAAGGAAAACCCUGACGACUCAUUCUCACUGUGUAUCUUUUUUUUCUUCUGUCGGGCCUCUUUCCGUACACAAUGUGGGAUAACUCUUCGAGUUUUUUUAUUAUUUUGCGAGAGAUAAAAAUUGGAUGAACGAAUGGGGAUGAAAUACUGUACUCUCUCAUGUGGGGAUUGGGUUUUGUCGGUCUAGUCGAAAUUUGUGGAAGUUGUGCUUGUACAGUUCGGGUUUUAUGUUAUGUGCUUUGAAAUUGGAAUGUACAUGAGCUUUUAUGUUGUAGAUUGGAUAUUGAUCCAAAGUUGAAUUAUGGCACGAUUGCUAGUUGCUACUUGUUAUUUCGGUUUUGUUUGGUAAUCAGCUGUUAGCUGUUGGUUGUUAGCGAAUUGCAUUAGCUGUUUUGAUCAGCUGAUCGUGUUAGCGGUUUAUAAAAAAAAUGUUUAGUAAAAUUAACUAGUUUAAUUAGC